CAUUGUAAAGUCGGGGAGUGAUGGUGUCUUGUGCUGUCCUUGUCCUGGGCCCUCUCUGGAUCCAAGGUCUGCUUCAGGCCUGCAAGACAGAGAAGCUGCCCAGAGGGGUUGUAGUGUCCUGAGUCUGGGAAAGGGUCCUCGAGGGCCUGGGGCUGUCAGAGCCUCCUUUAAUUAUUGAACAGAGACCAAACCAGGAAAGAGCAAAACCAGAGGUGAGGCGCCAGCAAGCGAGGGUCCCUAGGACUAGCAGAACGGUGCGGGUCGGUCAUGAAACCAGUCCAGACCAGGGCAUAUCUGAAAUGAUUCUGUUUCCCAGUCCAGAUUCAUCCUGGGCUAUGGGUGACACAGAAACUAGAGAAAACUCCAGCAGUACCUUAACAUAUCACUUCCAGCACUCCACUGCCUUCCAGAACACUGUGGCCAUGUCUGCUCACUUCUGGUUCUACGCUGGGAAAGGAAGGGACACCUCUUCCUUGCUCUUUAUUCUCACAUCAUCGCAGCAGUACCUUCAGGCUGCACAGGCUCCUCCAACCCUCAGCUCAGAUGGGUGGACCACCUAUGAUCUGGAUCCAAGUGUUGUGGCCCCAGUGGCUCAGGGUCCCUUUAAGCUUCAGAUCCAGGGUUCAGCUUGUCAGCAACACAUUAACGAUCCAGAUAAGACUCCUUUUCUCCACCUCCAUGUUCAAGACAGAGCGCCUGUUCGCUCCCCUAGAGAGGCCCCUGUAACCAUCCCCUGGUCUCCCUCCGCCAUCCACCUCGUCCAGCGGCCCUCACAUGAGGGGCCCCAGCACAGUGACUGCAACAGGGAACAGGUUGAGAUCAGCUUUGAGGAGCUGGGCAGGGACAGCUGGAUCGUCCAUCCGAAGGUGCUCACCUUCUACUACUGUCACGGGAACUGCUCAGCCGCCCUGUUGGGGAUCGCUCAGUGCUGUGCUCCGGUCCCAGGGUCAAUGAGGUCCCUGAGGAUCACCACCACUUCUGGUGGUGGGUACUCCUUCAAAUACGAGACCCUGCCCAACAUCAUACCUGAGGAGUGCACCUGUAUUUGAUCAUAAAAGAUGGGGGUGUGUUCAGAAAUGUUUAGAAGGUUAGUGGUGAAUCAUAAAAACCAGACAGAUAGUUUUUAUUAAUGUUGUUUUUUCAUAAUGUGUCAAGGCUGGAAAAGUGGCCCGCUAUAAAGAACAGUAAAACAACAACAAAUUAAAACAAUGACUACUUUAGAUUCAAAAUUUAAUAUAUCUACUUUAUUCCUUAGAAAUAGAAGCUGAAAUGCUCCUAGUUAGGCUUAUCGUUUUGUUCCAUACAACAUAUGGUAAUGUGGUAAAGGGUUAUUUCACAGUUUUUUGGGAAUCUAAGUGAUGUUAGAUGAUCUGCUUUUAUUAAAGGUAAAUGUGUCAAAUCUGGA